AUGUGUGGGUGCAUACGGAUUCUUCGUGCUUACAGGCCGCUGCCUCGCACGCUUCAUUGUAGACUCUCUAGCUCUUCGUCAGCACCACCACAAGUGCCGGGAGUUCCAUAUACGAAACUCAGCAUAGGCGUACCUAAAGAACUGUGGCAAGACGAAAAAAGAGUUGCUGUAGUACCAGCUGUAGUGAGCAAAUUAGUUAAAAAAGGCUUCACUGUUAAUGUAGAAGAGAACGCUGGAGCUCUAGCAAAUUUUCCAAACAAAACAUAUGAGGAAGCUGGCGCUAAAAUCACCACAGUCAAGGACAUAUUCCAAUCCAAUAUAAUUCUAAAAGUAAGACCACUUAUAGAUAACGAAAUUAAAAAUGUUCAAGACGAGAGCACGCUUAUAUCGUUCCUAUAUCCUGCACAAAAUCAGGAUCUGAUUAAGAAAUUAGCUGCUAAAAAGGUCAAUGCAUUUGCGAUGGACUGCAUCCCGCGCAUUAGUCGCGCGCAGGCUUUCGACGCCCUCAGUUCUAUGGCUAAUGUGGCGGGAUAUCGUGCAGUUAUAGAGGCAGCUGCACAUUUCCCUAGAUUCUUCUCAGGUCAGAUGACAGCUGCGGGCAGAGUGCCGCCUUGUCGCGUCUUGGUAAUUGGUGGCGGGGUCGCAGGCUUAGCUGCGGCCGCGCAAGCACGUUGCAUGGGCGCCGCUGUUAGAGCGUUCGAUACACGGCCCGCUGUACGCGAACAAAUUGAAAGCUUGGGUGCACAAUUCAUCACUAUGGAAAUGAAGGAAGAAGGAGCUGGCGAAGGAGGUUACGCCAAACAAAUGAGCGAAGAGUUCCUUAAUGCAGAACGAGCACUCCUCGGUAGAGAAGCCAGGACAUCAGACGUAGUCAUCAGCACUGCUCUUAUUCCCGGAAAACCAGCACCUGUACUUAUAAUGGAGGACGCAGUUCGCGAUAUGGCUCCUGGCAGUGUGAUAGUUGACUUGGCCGCUGAAAUGGGUGGUAACGUGCAAACAACUAAGAAAGGUCAAGUGACUAAAGUGCACGGCGUCACUCACAUCGGCCUCACGGACCUGCCGAGCCGUAUGCCUGCGCACGCGUCCACGUUAUACGCUAACAAUAUUUCCGGAUUCCUGUUUAGUUUAGGUACCAAUGAUCACUUCCAUAUCAACCUUGAGGACGAAGUGACUCGCGGUGCUAUAGUUCUGAAGAGUGGCGAGUUACUAUGGCCGCCGCCACCGCCCCCCAGUAUGGCGCCCACGCAGCAAACAGCUAAACCUACCGCCGUCGCCAAGCCUGAACCACCCAAUCCCUUCAAUGAGACGUUGAAAGACACCUUUCUGUAUUCUACUGGUUUAGCUAGUUUGAUCGGUCUUGGUAUGGCAUCACCAAACCCCGCCUUCACUACUAUGACAACUACCCUCGCCUUAGCUGGGGUGGUGGGUUACCACACCGUGUGGGGUGUAGUACCAGCUCUUCAUUCGCCCUUGAUGUCUGUUACCAACGCGGUGUCUGGUAUCACGGCAGUGGGAGGUCUACUGCUUAUGGGCGGUGGAUACAUACCCGAGACACCAGUACAGUGGUUAGCUAGUACCGCAGCCCUCAUUUCGUUCGUUAACGUAUUCGGCGGUUUUCUUGUCACGCAACGCAUGUUGGACAUGUUUAAGAGGCCCGGUGACCCACCAGAAUACGGAUACUUAUACGCCAUCCCCGCAGCUGCUCUUUUAGGAGGAUACAUUACCACAGCUAUGCAGGGUUUUCCCGAAGUACACCAGAUGGCGUACUUAGCGUCAUCUCUAUGCUGCGUAGGCGCUCUUGCUGGGCUCAGCUCUCAGACUACCGCUAGGAAAGGAAACUACCUCGGAAUGAUCGGAGUAACGGGAGGAAUUGCUGCUACUCUAGGCCUACUAACACCCAGCGCCGAAGUUUUUGCUCAAAUGUUGGGUGUAGCUGGCAUUGGUGGACUGAUCGGUGGCACCAUAGCCAAGAAAAUUGAAAUCACUGACCUACCACAACUCGUAGCUGGCUUCCACAGUUUGGUGGGUAUGGCGGCAGUGUUGACAUGCAUAGCUACGUACAUGCACGACUUUCCCGCUAUGGCGCUUGAUCCCACCGCCGCGACACUCAAGACGUCACUAUUCCUCGGUACUUACAUCGGAGGCAUCACAUUUACUGGGUCGUUGGUAGCAUACGGUAAACUGCAAGGCGCGUUAUCAUCCGCUCCGCUACUGUUGCCCGGUCGUCACGCUAUCAACGCUGGUCUGUUAGCGGGCGCGCUCGGUUGCGGCGGGGCUCUGCUAGCGUUUCCUGAAGCCCCCGGACUGCCCCUGUUAUCCGCCGCUGCUGUACUCAGCGGUAUACAGGGACUAACUCUCACCGCCGCUAUUGGAGGUGCCGACAUGCCCGUGGUGAUCACCGUGUUGAACAGCUACUCGGGCUGGGCUCUGUGCGCGGAAGGAUUCAUGCUCAACAACUCACUCAUGACCAUCGUCGGCGCCCUCAUUGGCAGCUCUGGUGCUAUCCUCUCCUACAUUAUGUGCAAGGCAAUGAAUCGAUCCUUACCUAAUGUGAUCCUCGGCGGGUACGGUGUAACCUCAAGCGGCUCCGCUAGACCCGCUGGAGCCACGCACACGGAACUAAACGUAGACUCUGUGGCGGAUCUGAUACAUCGCGCCUCAAAUAUAAUUAUUACACCAGGUUACGGUCUGUGUGUAGCCAAAGCCCAAUACCCAAUAGCGGAACUCGUCGACAUACUCAAGGCAGCCGGAAAGAAAGUACGCUUCGCGAUCCAUCCUGUUGCUGGUCGAAUGCCUGGACAACUGAACGUGUUGCUCGCCGAAGCAGGAGUUCCAUACGAUGACGUUUUCGAAAUGGAGGAAAUCAACGACGAAUUCCCUGAAACCGAUCUCGUAUUGGUUAUUGGUGCCAAUGACACCGUGAACAGCGCAGCGGAAGAUGACCCUAAUUCUCCGAUCGCUGGAAUGCCCGUACUCAAAGUAUGGAAAUCAAAUCAGGUGGUGGUAAUGAAACGUUCCAUGGGUGUUGGUUACGCUGCAGUCGACAACCCUAUCUUCUACAAUCCCAAUACAGCCAUGUUACUUGGAGAUGCGAAGAAAACAUGCGAUGCCCUCCUAGAACGAGUCAAACAUCUCGCCGCGUAAGAUAAACACAAAAAGAACUCUCAUUAUAAGUGAUCGGAAUAGGUAGAGUUAUUUCGGUUCGAUAACCUCUAACGUACACGUUUAUGUGGAUGAACGACUAUGGGAUUCGAAUUACAAAAUGCAACGAUAUUUUUAAUUAAACAAAAUCGAAGUAUAUUUCAAAAGAUAUUAAAACAUUUUCAUUAAACAUUAUACAUCUAAUUCUAUGACCGCUGGCAUAUCCAUACUAAGACAGCAUAUCCUCAGUAGCGAAAAUAGCUCUUACUUUUUCUGAUCUAUACUCGUAAUUAUGCUAACUAGCCAUAAGUGUUCCUAAAAUAAGUGAAAAACAAGUUUGCUAACGUAUACGUAUUUUACUUUAAUAGUCUACAAUAUACACAAAAUCUGAAAGCAAUUGUAAAAACUAACCUUUUAAGACUGAGAGAUAUAUCAGUACGAGUUAUAUAAUCAUUUUAGUCAUUGUUUUAUUGUUGAAAGAUAUGAAAUUAUACUAAAAUGUAUUUGCAUAUCUUAUGGAAAAUAACUAUUAUGCAUGUAGGUGAGCUAUUGUGUUCAUUCUCGAUAAGGUUAAAUGUAUUAUUUACUAAAAUAAAUUUUAAAACAUAAAUAUAUAUAUAUAUACUAUUUUCAUAUCGAUUUAUAUACUAAUUUUGAUAUUAGUAUAUUGUAUUAAGAUUAAAUGGAGAUUUUUAUAUAAUUUAUAUUUUUACACUAGUAUUAUACAUAUACUUAAUGAAAUUUUGUAUUGCUGUCUGUUGCAUGAUUAUUCCUUAUUAAAGUUUUGACCUCCAUUGACAUUCCAUUUUCAGUAUGUUGAAUUCAAUAUAUAAUGUACAUAUUUUGGAUCUGUGUGAAAUUUAAAUAAUAAUGAAGUUAAAAAAUACAAGUGGAUGUAUUUUAUAAAGACUACUUAAAUAUUUUAUUCCAUAUUUAAUUAUACAAUAUUUAAUUGGCUUAUGAUGUUUCUAAUGCAAGUUACAGAUUAAGGAUAUUUAAUGCAUAAUUCCAUAUUUAUUCAAUAUUUUUUUUUACAUAUAAGUAGUGGAUUUCGCUAGGAAAAGUUAUUCAUAAGUAUUAAAUUUGAAUAGCAAAAAUGAAAUAGUUUUGAGAUUUGAAUUCUUUUUUUUUUUGCCAUAUAAUAUGUGCUAUUUGAGUAAUUUUCUAACAUUGGAAU